UAUCACGUAAUUCGUCACUUGGUCUAGGAUGCACUCUAUAGCAUACUUCCAUAUCUCCUGAAUUCAUAACCCCCUUACUCCCCCACCCUCUCUCCUAGCGGUAGACGUCUCCUUCGGGUCCUCGCAUUCUUUGGUUGCCGAGUAUUCUUUAGCUCUUCGCCACCCUAACAACAUCAUCAUGACAGAAGUAAGCGGUCCCGAACGCCCGGAACACCAGGCGUACCCCGUAGUCGGCAACGUCUACUAUAGGCCGAGGACCCAAGAACGGAGGAACCGCGCGGCCGCGAGCCUCCCAACCCCGCAUAUUCGACCUCGCUCCCGACGACCCCAGUCUAUCCACAUCGUAUCCUUUCCUCCCGGCUACACCCCUCCCGACUUGAGGCCGUCCACCAUCCCCAUCUCGAAGCCUAAGAAGCCCAAGAAGCCCAAGAAGCAUCCUGCCGAGGUCAAGAAAGGCGACAAGUCCGGGUAUAGCUCGCCGCGAAGGGUAAUUAAUAAGGUGCUGGGUCCUCUAAAGCUUCAUUUCUCCCACAGAGUCACCGCCGACGCACUCGUGUCGCCCUCCGCCCAAAGCUGUCCGAGCGCGGACAGUGCUGGUGUACCAGCUACUCGACCAUACUCGAUGAUCGCCCUUCCUCCGCCCGGAGCAGCCUCGAUGCUGGCCCCCGUCGCCAUGGCCGAGUUGCGCCGAUCGCCGACGCGGACCCGCGGACCGGGCCACCCGCACAGAAAUAGCGUCAUGUCGGUACGCUCGGCCAAGAGCGUGAUGAGCUCGGUGAUGGAGGUGCCGAAGCCUAUCGCGAGCGGGAGCGGCGUUUCUUGUUCCAUCAUCCUCGCCGAGCCGAACGUCUUCCUCACGGGGUUUGAGCACGACGGGCACCAACGGAAUGAUGUUGCGAAUUCGACGUCCUUGCUGAGGGGCAAGCUACAGUUGAACGUUACCAAGAAUGUCAAGAUAAAGUCUGUCACGCUCAAGCUGCACGGCAGGGCCAGGACGGAAUGGCCGGAAGGCAUCCCCCCACUCAAGGUUGACCAAUUUGAAGAGGAGUCUCUGCGAACGCAAGUGCUGACCUUCUUCCACGCCAUGCACGAGUCAUGGGAGACUGAGUAUGGGAACCAAUGCACUUUCUCGCUACGUGUAACCGACCCCCCUUUUGCUUCCACGGGCCGUCGUGCCGCCUCACCCACGCAGUCCACGGUGUCUCUAGCGUCGAGGAACAGGCCUUCGGGACACCUCACCGCUAGGGACUAUAAGCGGCUAUCUCUACAGUCGGUCCAGUCCCGCAGCUUCGGCAGAGGAGACACGCCUAACCCGAAUAUCCCGCAGCAGAAAACUUACAAAGUUUUCUACCCCGGCACGUACGAGUACUCGUUCGAAUUGCCAAUCGACCACCAUCAGCUCGAGACCACGAAGCUCCAAUUCGGAUCGGUCAAGUGGGAGCUCGAGAUGAUAGUGGAGCGGGCGGGCGCCUUCAAGCCAAAUCUUCACGGGUCGAAGGAGGUGAGCAUCGUUCGGGUUCCCGACCAGUUAUCCCUCGAGAUGACGGAGCCCAUCUCGAUUAGCAGGCAGUGGGAAGACCAGCUACAUUACGACAUCAUGAUCUCGGGAAAAUCCUUCCCUAUAGGCACAAAAAUACCUAUUGCAUUCAAACUAACCCCCCUAGCCAAGGUUCAAGUCCACAAGCUCAAGGUAUUCGUGACCGAGUCCAUCGAGUAUUGGACAAACGACCGGAGAGUUACCCGAAAAGACCCGGGACGCAAGAUCUUAUUGCUUGAGAAGUCGGCAGGGAAACCUCUCGACAAGCAGUAUGCGUCGUCAGAUGUACGGGUGCUCAGCGGUGGCGAGCUCACCCCGGAGCAGAGGUACGAAGCGCGUAUCGCGGCGCAACGGCGUCGAAGUCUGGACGCAUCGAGGGCGCACACCGUCCCGGAGCCGCUACCCGCUCCUGCGGACAAUUUGCUGGGCGAUCUCGACCUGGGGUUGGAAGCUUACUGGGGGUCGACGGAGAUCGAAAUGAACGUCCAGAUCCCAACCUGCGAGCAGAUGGCCAAAGAUAAGAACUUGCGGUUGCACCCGGACUGCAGUUGGAAAAACGUCCACGUCUACCACUGGAUCAAGAUCGUCAUGCGUAUCUCUCGUCUCGAUCCAGACGAUCCGGCGGGGAAGCGUCGGAGGCAUUUCGAGAUCAGUAUCGACUCGCCUUUCACCGUCCUUAAUUGCCGCGCCACCCAGGCCAACACUGCUCUUCCAGAGUAUUCGGGGGCCGAACAGCCUAUUUACCACCAGCAGGCAAGGUGCGGCUGUCCCGACGCCGAGGUUCUUGCCACAAGUCCUAGUCCCGCGUCGAGCACCGGCACGAUACCCUCUGUGGGGACCGGAACGAGUGGCCCCAAUGCUGAACUCCCCAAUGUCGCGCCACCACCAGCCGCCCAUCUGCAAUGCCAAGCCAGUGGGGGUUCGCGGACAGCCCAAAGGCCAGCAUAUUACCCGCAAACCGUUGCGCCGCGACCCAUACAUCUACUGAGACAUCCAAGCUUCAACCCGCCUGCAUUCGACGACGACGACCCGCCGCCGCCGAUGUCCACGCCGCCGCCGCAGUACGACACUGUCGUCGGAACCCCCAGCGUCGACGGGCUCGCCGACUAUUUCGCCAGGCUAGCCAGCUACGAUGAAGGUGACUCGGACAGCGCAGACGAGGGUAUCAGCACCCCCAGCAGACUUACGGAACGGAGCGGGCGCGUUAAUGUACCACACCCGAGGACACCGGGCGGUAGAAGCAUACAGAGUAGGAGCUUAGAGAUUCAACGUCCGUUGAUGCCCGCGGCAACAGUACUCAGCAUAGCCGGCGAGAUAUCCGGGCGUAGGAGUUGAUCGGACCCGCUUGUCCCGCAGAGGGUUUCGGCGCGAAAUGGAUGCACGGUACCUACUAUUUAUCGUCUCGCAAAUACUUAUGCCAGAGCCCACGUCGGGGAAGUUUUGGAAUUCGGAUCCACUGCCACCACCAUCAUGAUGGCCAUCAUCCUUGUCGUUAUUAAUCAUCCUCGUCGUCGAGAGCGGAAGUAUUAGAUUGAUACCCUCGGGGCUGUUACGUCGAGAUUUUAGCAUUCCAGGUUGUCGCUAAGGGCCUAGACCGAAAGGGGAGUGUGUGUGGGUUUCUUUUUUUUUUUCUUUCCUUCUAGCGAUCAAAGGCACGAA